GAUCUCUAAUCCAAGUUGUAUGUGGUGUCUGUCAAUGAUGUCCGCAAAUACUCAGGAUUUUGAGGAAAAUGACGAAGAAAAUCUAUUACAGACAGACCCCGAAAUUGAAAAUGAUGAUGAACUAGCUUUACUUCAGGCCGCUGUGUUCGUUGAAGAUGCAUUCAAGUAUCGGUCAAUUCACCACAAGAUUGAUGUCAAAUCUCUGAAGCUUUACAAGGUUUAUUAUUCAAGAUCAUUUCAAUGGAUCAUUGCUUUUGUGAUAUUUUUCCAUCUUUCUUUGGCAUUCAUUGAGCCACCAUCAACGUUGUCAUGGUCUUCAGAUCCUCGGAAAGGUUUCAAUAAUAAAAGAACUAAUGUUCCUUGUGGCGUAACUGAAGCCAUUGAAAUUUUAUUUUUAAUUUUUUACAUUGUUGAUUUUACUCUUAAGGUAAAGUUGUUUGGAAAGAAACAUUUUUACAAAAGCAAAUGGCUUUGGGGUUAUUUUUUUGUUUUAAUGGUUUCUGUUGUUGAUUGGAUUAUCACCGUAAACUUUGGUUGUAGCGAGAAAUAUCGUGUCCGUCGUAUAUUACGUCCAUAUUUUCUCCUUCAAACUUCGUCAUUAAUGAAAAAAACAGUUCGAGCUAUUUGGAGGACAGUUCCUCAAAUUUUAAGCAUCUUUCUUGUUCUUUUCCUUCAUCUCAUCAUAUUUACUUUACUUGGAAUGCUUCUUCUCUCAAAAUCAGAGGUCGUAUAUUCAAAUGUUGUUGACAGUACUAACUCAACAAGGAAUUAUUCAUCGAUGAACGAAAGUACAACAUCAAAUAUCCAUCGCAGGGAUUACUUUGGCCAUGAUUUUGAAGAAAGUUUUAUGAAACUUCUUGUUUUGUUAACUACUGCUAACAAUCCUGAUGUGAUGAUGCCGGCAUACAAGGAAAACAGAUUUUACGCUAUUUAUUUCAUAAUUUUUACUUUUAUUGGUUUGUAUUGCUUCAUGAAUCUUCUUCUUGCCGUCGUUUAUUCUCAGUUUCAAGGCUAUCUUAAGAACUCGCUGCAGUCAAGUUAUUUUCGUCUACGAACUGGUUUGCGAGCUGCAUUUGAAGUAUUGAGGGAAAGAUCUUUUGACAGCAGCAAUCCAUCAGAUGACAGCACCGUAUCGACGUCAUUAACUCGACGUUUAAUUCAAAAAGUUGAUUUUGGUCGUAAAAAUAUCGACAUUAUAUGGGAUACGUUAGAUCGGAACCGUCUUGGUCGAUUGAAUGUGAAACAAUUUCAAGACUUAUUUGAUUCUGUUUCAAGACAGAAAAAAGUUCAGCAUCCUCCUUUAAGUCGUUGUAGCAAUAAAUAUCUUCGUACUCUACAGAAGAUCGCUAUUUGUAACUACUUCAAUUAUUUUGGUCUUUUAGUCGUUAUUGCUAAUGUGAUAAUUAUAGGGGUGGAACUGUCGCGAAAUUUUGGAUCAAAUUCCUUUUCUUCACAUUCCUAUCUUUCUGUCUGCGAUUUGUGUUUCAUAGUUUAUUACGCCGUGGAGCAGUGUUUGAAGAUCUGGGCAUUUGGAUGGCAAAGAUACGUGACGUCAAAGCAAAACAAAUUCGAUAUGAUUAUAACAUUUACUUUGGUGAUUGCACAAAUUGUUGAUAUUUCUUUGUACGGUUUGCUGUUCAAUACAAGUCAAUCAAGACAUGGCAGUAGAACGGCGUCGUGGAAUAUACUAAAGCUCGUUAACAUUCUAAUAAUAUUUCGACUUGUGAGGGUUUUGUUUAACGUGAAGUCCUUAUCAGUUAUUGCAAGUUCAUUGGCAUAUCUCUUGAGAAAUCUGAAACCGUUUGGUGGAGUGAUCGUGGCUGUGUAUUACUCAUAUGCUAUCUUUGGUAUGAUGAUAUUUGAAAAUGAAAUCCAACCACUCGUGUCUGGUAACAGCACUACAAAUUUUACUUGUGGUACGUACGAACAACUAGAGUAUUGGGCAAAUAACUUCAAUGAUUUCGGGGCCUCUCUUGUUGUGCUUUGGGAUGCGAUGGUUGUCAACAAUUGGCAUGUUUUCUUACAUGCCUAUAUGCGCUACACAAACAGAUGGUCACAACUAUAUUUUGUGACAUGGUACCUAAUCUCAGUCGUGAUAUGCGUCAAUUUAUUUGUUGCGUUACUACUUGAUGUCUUCAUUGACCGUUGGGAAGAAAGACAGAAGCAAAAUAAUGAAAAUCGUUUAAGUGAAGAAGAAUCCAGAACAUUGACGCAGUCAUUUAUGAUUGAAAGAAAAUCAUUUCGUGUUCAUGAAAUGUUCUCAGAAGCUUUGAACGAACCUACUGAAGAUGACGUCAUUAGAGAACUCGUUUAUCACGGUUUUACAUUUCGAUCUCAUCCGUCAGGCGGUCAAUCCCAGUCCACCUCUGAUUAUGACGUAUGACGCGCACUUUGUCUGUUAUUGUUCAAACUUCUUUUGUUGUCGACAAGGAAACUUUUUUCUUUUUAUUGUAAUUUAGAAAUGUUUUUAUAGUGAUCAUUGUAAACUAAUUUAUACGAAAAAGACUAUCGAAAAUUUUACCUACCAUUA